AUGGCCGAAUUUUAUUCAGUAUUAUUGACUACAGUAUGGUUGCCAUUGGUGUUAGCAAGUUACUACUUCCACGAGCCAUCCCGUAUCAUAUUGAAGCCUGACCCGCUGAAAGAUCAUGACACUUUUGGAUUCUCAAUGGGCUACCAAGAUGGAAAUGCCAGCCUAAUUGUUGGAGCGCCUCAAAGUAACUUAAUUGGAAAAGUAUUUCAAUGUGAUCUGGAAGACAUUUUGAAGAACAGAGCGGAAUUUUGUAAUGAUGUUAAUAUAGACGUUGAUAAUCUAGCACCGUAUAAUAGAAAUUACACACCAAAUUUGAAGUUCAAUCUUGGCGCUUCCAUAGCUGUUACAUCGGAUUAUUUUUUCACAUGUGCCCCGUUGUGGACAACCAUCCCCAUAAACAAUCCAUCAAAAAACUUCUCCUAUGGCACUUGUUUCACCUAUAAUGGCACAGCGCAAAGAUACAGUGGCUUGAUCGAGAAUCACCAGUUAAAUCCUGACUCAGUACAUCCUUUCAAUAUCAUGUUUGGUGGCACUGGUUGGCGAACUUUAAUUGAUGAAGUGAACGAAAUGCUCUUGGUAGCGAAGGUUGCACUUGUGGGCGAUGUCGUUUACAUGAAUUCUUCUAAUCCUCUUGAAAAAGUACGGUCGCUGGUAGCAAAAAGCAAGGAUACAAAUACAGAUCUUCAUAGGGAAUAUUUAAAGAACUAUCGGCUUUUCGGUAACUCGAUUGUUGCUGGAAAUUUCUUUGAUAAUGGUAUGGUUUAUUACGCUGUUAGUGCAAUAACUGAGUCAAUGGAGGGAAUCGUGCACUUCCUGAAAGCAAGAUUUUCGAAAAGUGAAAAAAAUACCAAAAAGAUCUACAUGCAAAAAGCUUCCUCAAGAAGUGGUGUUGCCCGUUCAAAGAAAAAAUAUAUUAAAAUAACUGAUAACACAGUUGGCUCGAUGUUCGGAGCGGCUAUGGCAGCAGCGGAUUUGAAUAACGAUGGAGUUUCGGAGCUGCUGGUGGGAGCGCCGGCUCAAGAUGGGCAAGAGAGCGGAUCAGAAACGGGCGCCAUCCAUAUAUACUUGGGCGGUGAUAUUAGCUCUAUUAACGAAAACUACAGGCAUCGUGAGAUUGUGAGCAGCAAAGACAGCUCUAGGUUUGGGUCUGCCAUCGCUGCCACUGAUGUUGACGCUGAUGAUCUACCAGAAAUUUUCGUCAGCGCACCAUAUGAAGACGAUGGAGUCGGAGCAGUUUAUAUAUUGUCAGGCUAUGAAAUAAAUAAAACCCUUAUAAACGGCGAAAAAUACAAGCGGAUAGAUUUACACAAGCUCAGAAUGAUACAAACAAUAUCAAUGAAGGAGUUCAAGACUUUCGGUUACAGCUUACAGAAGAUACCAGAUAGCAACGACAAUGGAUGUGACGAAUUGGCGAUCGGUGCUCCCGGCAGUAAUCAUAUUGUUUUGAUGAAAUGCGUUUCUGCUGUAAACAUCACCGUCUCGGCUAAUCUCGUCGGCGCUAAGAUUGUGCAAGAACAAGACAGUAACUUCACAGUUAAAGUAUGCGUUAGUGUGAAGCAUUUAAAGGGCAAGAAUUUCAGUAUCGAAUUGAAAGCGAGUAAUGAGAUAAUUGGCACUGGAGCUAUGAUUGAAGUACCACAAACCAAUUUCCAAUGGACAAUCACAGGGAACACGAAGGAAGAAAUUAGAUGUGAAGAUGUUGUUGUGAGACUGAAUGAUAACGAACCGGGAGAAUAUAGUUUCUCAACAAAAGUAGAAAUGGACGAGGAGAAAAUAAAGAAAAGCGACAAUUUCAAUGAGUCCUGGGUGAUGGUAAGUCCCCAAAGUCUUAUGGAUUUUAACUUUGAAGUAUCCAGACAUUGCACCGGAAGAGAUUGUGAUCCUAACUUAAACGUGACAAUCGAGUGGACUGUUAGUGACUACUAUCAACUGGGAACUUCAGAUACUUUAUCACCAGUAUUGCAAGUUUUUAAUAGCGGUAACAGUUCCUUCGAGUCCUGCGUAUUGGUGCACGUGAGUGGGGCACCAGUUUCCCAAAUCGGUUGCGGGGACAAAUCCGAUGGUUACAAAUGCUAUAUGCCUAGACCUCUGAGAAGAAACGCCAUGCACACCAUACCUAUUGUUUUCAACGUGAGCCAGCCCACGAACCAACAGAAGGAGUUGCGAAUACAAGUCUCUCUUUUUGAAUUCUGCAACCAACCAAACGUUAAGGAAUUCGAAUUUGUUCUGCCGUACAAGGUCGAUGUGGAUAAAAUAGUUCUCAAAAGCUCUGGACAUGGUCAAACCAUUUCCGAUGUAGAAAUAAAGGAUGUUAGAGAAGAAUCAAUAAAUGACGCUCACGAGUACUUGAUAGUAAACGAGGGUCCUGUGACGUGGAACGAUAUAAAUUUAAUGAUCGCUAUAGAAAAACGGCCUUUCAUUCAGACGUACAGGGUGUCAACGUAUGGGUGCAAAGAUAUCUCCAAUGACCAAAGUGCCCUUUUUGAAUGCAGCUUAAACUUAAGGCCUCAUGCUAUCGUAAAAGUAAUAGCUACUAGUGUCAUACAAAAGUCAAAAAUAGUGGAAAAUUUAAAGGAUGGAAAGUUGCAAGUAGCCUCACACUUGACUUUAUCAUUGGACCAUAAUAAUACAGUUGUGAGAAAGACAAAUUUGACUACGUUCAUCAUAUGGCAAAAAGAGCUGUCACUUGCCCAGAAUAAACAGUUGAUCAUCUUCUUGGCUGUUCUAGGCGCUUUGGUAGCACUAGCUUUGGUUAUAUUUAUUCUUUACAAGAUGGAGUUUUUUAAAAGAAAAGAGAAAACAAGGCUUGAUGCUUUGAAAAAAGAACAUAUACGGAGAAAAAGCAUCAAACGAACUAUGUCGGAAGAUGCAAAUGAAGAGGACUUAGACAUGGAAGUUGAAGAUGAUUCACCAUUCGAGAUAGUCGAUAUGAGCGAUCCUGUAUUGCAGCAAGAGAGCAAACUUUGA